UAUCACAAUUUAAUUAGCAUGUCUAUUACCACUGAUGCUAUAAGACAUUGAUGAAAUAAAUUUUAAAAGACCCAGAUAAAUUGAAAGUAUUCCAUGUUCGUGUAUUGGAAAAAUUAAUAUUGUUAAAUGUCCAUAUUCCUCAAAAUGAUCUACAGAAUUGAUGCAAUGCAUAUCAAAAUUCCAAUGGCAUUUUUCACAUAAAUAGAAAAAAAUUCUAAAAUUGAUAUGAAACCACUAAAUACAUUGAAUAGUCAAAGCAAUUUCAAGAAAGAACAAAGCUUAAGGCAUUGCUUCCUGGUUUCAAACUAUAUUGCAAAACUGUAGAAAUCGAAACCUAUGGUACUGGUAUAAAAACCAGUUCAUCUUAGUCUGUGUUCUCCCUUUAAUGAUGGGUGAGUUAACACAGUUGUGGAAAUCAUAUCCUGUUCUUACAGUUGGAAAGCCCAUUUGUGAAAGAUAGGACAUUUGUAAUUGCAAACAAGAAAGAUCCCUAUAUAAUUUGGAUUAAAAAUGUAAUGAUGUUAAUUUGAAUACAUAAACACCAAGAAUUUAGGAGUCAGUAGUCUUUGGAAACUGUUCAAUCAGAGCUCAAGUGCCAUUUCUCUAGGAUUUUCUUUUCUGUGCUCUCUUUCCUUUGUAUGUCUUUUUUUUUUUUUGUCUCUCUAUACAGAUUUCCUUUUAUAACUCAAGAUACUUGCUAUCAGCAACUGGUGUUACCAAUUCUUUAUCAGUUCUAGAAGGGGAAACAUAGGCUAUUUUCUAAAUGUAUUUUUUAAAAAUCCUAAAUGUCUCUCUUUUUGGACAAAACAGAAAAUCGUCAUGGCCAGGGCCAAGGGCUAGUUACUAAAGCCUAAAUUAUUGCACAUCAUUGAAUCACUAAUACAGGAAAGAGGAUAUAUUACACUUGUUGAAUUUUGCAAGUUAUAAACAGCCCAGGAUUUGGGGUGUGAUCAUUAUCAAAUGCCCUGUCAGGAGGAUAUAGGGAUUGGAUUUUCACAGAGGAACACACCUGGCUACUAUUUAAAGAAAGCGUAAGUGAAGCAAUGAAGCCAGAUAUGUACCCAGGGAAUAUCACUGUGCAUACAUUCAGGCGGAGAACUGGAAUUGGGUAAGACUUGAUAUCAUAAUCUGUUAAGAUUAAGAAACAGGAAAAAUUGUACAAGCCUUCUUCGUUACUUAGUAUUCCCCAAACACCACAUUAUGCCAUAAGAUAAUCAAAUUAUACAAAUGUACAGAAAGGGAAGACAUCCCAAAUUUGGCAGUCUUUAAAUUAGAAACCAACCACUUUCUUAUUGUCAGUUUACUGUUGACACCUGACAGCUAAGAAGUAUCACUCUUUCAAUUUUUCUUAUGUCUUUUGUUGUUCCUUUUCAGUUAUUUUUUUUUUUGACAAUUUACAUUGUGCAGGUUCUAUCAUAGUUUUCUUUUGCUUAAAUGGUAGUAUAAAAAAAGCCAUGGUCAUUUCAAGAUUCUCUCUGAAAGUAACCAGCCUCAUUUAUACUGAAAGUUUAGGUAACAUGAUUUUUAAGCCAAAGGCUGGUGAUAUUUCAUAUUUUAGACAAGCUGAUGGGUCAUCUGAUGAAGGUAAAAUCAAAGUCCUGCCCUCUCCUCAGAAAAAAAAAGGAAUUAGGUUAAUGUAAAAAAAUUUGUAAAUGUUGCUUAUUAAAUAUUUUGUAAACUCUUCUUUCUAAAAACAGGUUCCAAGUGAACAUUACUGCUCUCUCAAGGAUCUGUUCAACAUUAUGAUAAUUAAUUUACCUAUAACUCCAGUAAGACCACUUGACAACCAUAUUCUAGGUCUAUAAACCAAGUGACUGCUUAGUAAUUCCUUAACAAUUUAGGGACUCUAUAACCAGUUCUUUCCUGACAGACAUUUUCUCAGAAACAAGUGCUUACAUUUUCUAUCUCUCUCUCUCAAUCUCUCAGGAAACACCAUUGCAAACAAUCAUUAUAAAAUGGAAAUUAAAGAUAUAGGCGUCUAACAAACAGGGUAUAUUUAAUAAAUUGUGAUACAUUUAUUGAACCGAAUGUGAUUGAACUAUUAAAAAUGACACUGUAGACAUUUUUUAUAUUUGUUAAAUUACAAAAAGCAGAUAUAGGGGAAAGAAGAGGUGGAGACAAUAAAUGAUCUCCUUUUACGUUCUCUUACACAAUUUCCUGCUGAAAUGGGUUUGCCAGGGUAGAUGAGGAAGAUCUUUUAUUAACAGCACCUGAUGUGGGGAGGAGCAGAAAUCAGAGCCAAGCAAGUGAGCAGAGCAACCCCAGGACACUGAGAAGAGGCACAGAGUUCUGAUUUGCCCCUUAAGCAAGAGAUUCACUGCUGCUCAGCAUGGCUCAGACCAAUGCAUGCUUCAUGCUGAUCUCCUGCCUGAUGUUCCUGUCUCUGAGCCAAGGCCAGGAGGCCCAGACAGAGCUGCCUAAAGCCCGGAUCAGCUGCCCAGAAGGCACCAAUGCCUAUGGAUCCUACUGCUACUACUUUAAUGAAGACCUUGAGACCUGGGUUGAUGCAGAUCUCUACUGCCAGAACAUGCACUCAGGCAACCUGGUGUCUGUGCUCACCGAGUCGGAAGGUGCCUUCGUGGCCUCACUGAUUAAGGAGAGUAGCACUGAUGACAACAGUGUCUGGAUUGGCCUUCAUGACCCCAAAAAGAAUCGCCGCUGGCACUGGAGCAGUGGGUCCCUGGUCUCCUACAAAUCCUGGGAAACUGGAGCCCCAAGCAGCGCUAAUGCUGGCUACUGUGCAAGCCUGACUUCAUGCUCAGGAUUCAAGAAAUGGAAGGAUGAAUCUUGUGAGAAGAAGUUCUCCUUUGUUUGCAAGUUCAAAAACUAGAGACAUCUAAAAAAUGGACAUCUAGAACUGGUGGUCCUGCAAUUACUAUGAAGUCAAAAAUUAAACAAGACUAUUUCUCCAACUCAGUUCAGGCUGUCUCCUCCCUACUGCGUUUGCAUCUCUGAUCUUCAGCACCUUCACCUGUCCCAGUCUCUAGAGCCCUGAACAAUAAAAACUAACAUAUUUUUCUCCA